AUGCUGGGUAUUGGAGGCAUCAAGCGAAAGCAGGGAAGUGGCGUAAAUAUAAAACAGGAUAAUGCAUUUCUUAAAUCUCUCAAAGCUAAAAUUUCGGAAGACCCAACGACACUCAUGAGAAAACUGUCCAUGGACAUGAAAGUUGAUCCAAAGAACAUCAGAAAUGCUGUACACACUGAUUUACAUUUGGAGUCAUAUGUGAGGACAAUGAGACACCUAUUGACUCAUGCAAUGAAAUCCAAAAGGCAUGAAAGGACCAAAAAUGUGUGGCGAUACAUGAAGCACAAUCAACAAACCGUCAAAAUAUUUUCAGAUGAAAAUAUCUUUACUGUUGAUGCUAUUUUAAAACGUCGCAAUGAUCGAUACAUUGUAUUUUCAGCUAUCAAUCUUGAAUAUAUCAAAGAUGGUGUAAUUUAA